UGCAAUCCUAUUCAUAAUAAAGCGAGCACAUGUGUAGCGCGACAGAGAAACCGCACGUCAGUACACAUGCACGCAGGCAAACUCGUGCGAAGCCGCUUGGAUUUUUUUAAGACCGGUAAACUCCACAUUUUCCUCUCGUUUUCUCAUCUUUGCUGUGGCCGCAAAGUUCCCGAAUAUCGGACCUUGGAGGUGCAUACACCGUGCUGGGUUAACAGUUUUUAUCGGGGCCUACAUGUAACUCUGUGGUGCGUUUAAUCGGAUAUGGCACCGAUGCAAAGCAAGUCCACGUCACAAUCCACCGAACCAUCUUCACCAUCCAUGCCGCUAUCGUCCUGCGACUGCCCGGAAAGAAUGAAAGAGGGCAGCAUCUUGUACAGUCUGCUGUCGUCCAGUACCCACGAGGCCAUGGACACCGACAGCAGCAGCAACAACAGCAGCAACGCCGCCAGUGCAGCAACACCCACCGACAGAAGGUAUCCCACCGGUAUCCCGUCCGUCUCGCAGGCCGUCAACCAGGCCCUGUGGCGGCGAGCCAACAGCGCCCUCAUCCCACCCACCGUCAUCACACUCAAACACCACGAGAUCAUCUGCCAGCAGGCCGCCCAGCUCUUGCUCAAAACGGUGGACUUUGUCAGGAAUUUACCGUCCUGCCAGCGGUUGUGCCCGCACGACCGCAUCACGCUGUUCCAGCACUGCUGGGCCGAACUCCUAGUCUUGAUGAUGACGCAGUACCGAUUCCACUUUGAGACGGAGGACGUGGACUUUGAUUUUGGCAUGGACAGUAGCAGCAGCAGCAGCGGGAGCGGCGAUUCGCAGACGUGCCACCACUGUCACGGUCACACCAGCGAGAACAUGCUCCUGCGAUGCCUGGUGGCGCUGCAAGGCAUCCCCACGCAAUCGGACAUUCACAUGAUGGAGUGCUUCUUCAGUAAAUGUGAAUUGAUGGGACUGGACGAUAAGGAAUACGCGUAUCUGAAAAUGACGAUUCUGUUCAAUCCAGAUAUUCCAGGCUUGGUAGACCCCGCUAUGGUGGAGACCCUUCAGAGCGAGGCCCAGCUGCGUCUGAGCGAGUACGUGGCGGCCACGCGGCCCCGGGACCCCUUGCGCUUUGCCCGGGUCCUGCUCAGUCUUCCCCCGCUGCGCAACAUCCGCUCCCGCGUCAUCAGCCAGCUCUUCUUCCGGGAGCUGAUCGGCGGGGUGCCCAUGGAGGACCUGCUGGAGCAGAUGAUGACGGCGCACUGAGGACAUCACGAAGGGGGACUCGACGUCCUCGUUUCCUUCCCCUGACGUCCUCUGUUGAGACGCGACGCUCUGGAGAAAAAUCAGAGAUUCAUUCCAAUGAGCGUUGGCAAGAUGGCCAUCUUGGGUUUGAUGAUUAUUUAUUUAUUUGGGGCUAUGACCUCCCAGACAUGUUUCUAUAGAUGAUGCAUUUUUUGUUUAAUCCUGCAGAAAGGAGGAUAUUUUUAAGAACACUGCUGUAUUUCACUGUAUUUCUUCAGGUUGAUUUCUUGAAAAGUGUUAGCCAUCCUGUGCCAACCUGUAGGUAGUCAACAACAAUAUCAACUCAGUAGAGAGUUGCACAUCAUAUACUUUGAUGAAAGACAGCCUAGGUUCUGAAAGUUCUCAAUUUGUUUCCAUGAAAAUUAUUUUUAAAAAAACAAAAAAAAAUAGAACUUUAGACGGAAAAGGAAACCAAUAAAGUUUGUAACUGGGAGGUCAAGUGUCGCAAACCCAAGCUGUGCAAAUUUCAAAACUCAUUGGAAUAUAUGCCAACUUUGAAGCCACCGAGUUUAAUGACCAACAUUUGUUACUUGAAUUUAAUUUAAAAAAAAAUAACAACAAAAACAAAUUGGAAGAUACAAAUGUGUACAAACUGCAAAGUGGAAUUCAUAUUUUAUGUGUAUAACAAAAUUGUAUCCUGCAUUAAUAAUAGGGGGGAAGGAACUGGUUGGCCAGUCUAUCAUGUUCAAUGUCAUGUGAGAAAUCUAAGAUUGUAAAAUCAGAGUUAUUGCACAAUGGUAAUCCAAGAAAAAAAUAUGAGCACUCAAAACAAAACCACCUAAAUGGAAAAACUGGGGAAUUUGUUACCAUUUUACUGAACGCAGUAUUUUUUUUAAUCGUGCAUACUGUCGUCACAUUAUUGCAUCCCUUUUGGAUAGUAACCAGUUUGUUGUGUUGCACUUACGGUUGAGUUCAAUAAGCCCGUUUGGUGUUUCAACUGUGCGUGCGUUGCGCACAAUGAUAUGGGUCACAUGUCAUUCGGGAUAAUCAAAUGCUCUUCGAAGGUGCAUGAACGCGCAAGGAGACGAUCGCGAGACGCUCGCGCGUUAAUUACAAGCAGAAUGGGUAUUCGCCUAACAUCGUGUAACAUCGCGUCAGUGAUUUUAUCCUGAAUGACCUUUGACCUGGACUACGUCAUCGAGACACCGAACUGGCUUAAUACAUGUACUUUACUCAUGCUUUUGCUGCACAUAAGGACCAGGAAAUGCAAAAUGAUCAUAAAUGUUUCAAUUAUUUAACCAAGUUGGUUCUAACAAAAAAAAAUCCUGCAAAACCCACCGUUUAAUUAAUGUAGCUCUCUUUACUCAAUGCUCGUUAUUCAAAGCAGACCAAUUUACAGAAUAUAUUUGCUAGAGAAAAAAUAGAGAUGUUCCACGUGUUCACUGAGCUUAAUCAUGGAAAUUUAAUUUGUUUUGUUUUGAAGUAUUUGUCGUACACGCAUAGUAUUACAAUUGUUUUUUGAGAUACAAAUCGCUGAUUUUGAUUUGAUUUGAUUUGAUUGUAUCAGAUUCAAAAAAAAAGAAGAAGAAGAAAACUUAAGAUGCUAACAUUUAUCUUUCAGAAGGUAAACAGAAGUCUAGAUUGCAGCUGGUUCAUCAGUCACCUCAUUUGAAAUUUUAACUUUGGGAAAGAUUGUUGCAUCCUGACGCCACUUUUUUUCAUCGUAUAUUAUCUCAAUGAUGGUCAGUCAUUGCACAAAAAUGUCGAAAAGGCAUGAAUCUGGGACUGAGAAACAUUUCCAUUUUCCAAUUUUGUUGAGAACAUACUUUGAAAAUGCAGUCGACUCUCCAUAGACUUUGCACACGACGAAAGAAGUGGCGUCUGGAUACUACUUUCUUUCCCGACUUUUUUUUUGGGGGGGGGGAUGAUGAGGAAUCUUUGAAAAUUUGGCUUUGGAAAUCUAUGCAUACAGGUGAUUUUAGAAAAUGUUUAUUUAUUGAUAGGGCCGUCAGAAGACAGGCUGCCGUAUACUGUACAGUAAGACUACUCGAUCUCUCCCACCUAAAGUUGUAAUCAAGGCAAGCGAUAUGUACAGAGUUUUUAAAGUAUUUGGAGUUUCUCAGAAAAAAAAAGUAAAACAGAGGAUUACUUGAUUAGUGUAUGUAUUUCGUGUUGUGUGUAAUUGUUGUUUUGGUCCGUUUUUUUUGUUUCAAAUGGCUUAAAAGUCAGUGUUGUGCCAGUGUGGUCUGUGAUGCUGUGAUGAUGACACUGUUCAAAAUAGUGCCGUAAUUUAAAUUUAGGUAAAAUAUCUGGCUCAACGUUUACUCAGUGCCAGCAGGUUUCUAGUUACUAGAGAUGCCGUACAGAUUUGGAAGUAAAAGGAAGUCACAUAAUUGCUUUCUGGCUUUUUGUUUUAAAUGUUUGUUUGUUCACAUGUUAAAUUGCAGCUUGACAUGUUUCCACUUCCGUUUGAGUUCAGACUACACACAGAACUUCUCGUUAAUUAUAUUAUGUUGUGAAGCAGAUAAUUUGAACAACAGGAAAUGCACUGUGGCCUUGUCAGUGAACGCAAGGUUUUUCCCUUCGUCACCAUGGUGACAGUAAAGAGAUAAAAAAAAUACAAGGGACACUGCAGUGACGAUGUUCAGAUAUUGUUGUCGUAAAAUGUGUGAUUAGACAGAUUUGUUUCACUCAUAGAUUCUGCUUUUUCCACAUGUUUUUACUUAUCUUAUUCAAAUUCAAGAAUUCACGAUUGUUACAUAUUCCGUCAGCAAUAUGCCGCAUUUUGUAUAAGACGCUUUGCGAUGUUUCAGUUUUGUUUUGCUUUCAUAUUUAGUAAAAAAAAAAACAUCCAGUGUGUUGCUUGGAAAACGUUUCGAAAUUGAAAGAUGUUUUCAAAAGUAAUGAGUCUUAAUAAAAAAGUAUUGAGAAAGUUCCAAAAAGGGGACAGUUGUAAAAAGGAAGUGUUGUGGGUUAUUUAUAAACCCAGAUUAUUUAUUGCGAUUAGUAAAGACUAUUUAUGAUUGGAGGAAAAAAGUUAGUAAAAAAUAAUCAACAAUUCUGCUCAAUGCCUUAUUUUUAUGUUUGUGUUUACAGUACAAUGGAGUAGAUACGCAAGACUUACAGAAACGUUUCUUGUAUCACAAAUGGAUCAAAAGUUAUUCUUCAUUUUUUAGUACGUGUAAGAUGCAGAUUUUGUGUUUGAAAGCAAAGUAGGAAAGAGAACAUGUCCUUUUACUGAAAUAUCGCUGCAGGCUUAAGACUAAGAGAACAAUAAUAUUCCAAAAUGGAGGGAAUGAGGAAAAGAUUGAGCGAUAAUAGUUCUCGAGUCAAGAAAGAAAAAAAAAUCAGAACAGAUAUUUUUUUGUUGUUUAAACACCUGAGCCUCACUGAAAUACUGCUUGUUUAUUGUUUGUAGUUGUAUUAAUGAAACACAGAUUAUAGUGUAUAAAUAUUUAAACUUAAGAUUUUUUGCAUUUUCCCCCGUUGUUAACAAAGACUUUCUGUGUUUGUUCGCCUGUAAAUAAGUUCGAGAAGAGAAUAGUUGGUUGUUUGUUUGUUCAUAUUUAUUAACUUCACUUUGUCAACAUUUAUACUUUUACAAGACUCUACAAAUGCACACCAUAGUUUGUUUUUCAAUGUCCUUUUUUUGUCAACUUUGUUAUGAACCAGCAGAAAUGGAAUGGAGGAAAUCAAGGUAUCGCUUAAGUGGGUUGGGGGGGGGGGGAGGUGUUGAUACACUCUUGUUCCCCAUCUUUCCUGAAUCUGGGUUACUGAACUAGAAGAGUCAAGAUGCAAUAUUCAAGGCAAGAUGACAGGUAGAAUUCCCCACACACUCUCGACUAUUAAUCAUUAACCAAGUACAGAUAAUUUAUUUCUUGAAUCGGGUACAGGUUAGUAGUGCUCUGAUGCCCCCCCCCCCCCUUCAGCUUGUUUGAUAAUAAUUUUCCCUUUCUCAUAAAACUAAGAUCCCUAUUUUCAAGUUCAAAAAAGAAGACAAAGUCAUUUGUAAAUACGUAGCACUAGUUCAAACUAGUUCAAUAGUAUAUUGGACUUUUAAACAUAAAAGUAUUGUCUGUAAUAACUCAGUAAUUUUUUUUUUAUUUCUUAUUUUUGAAAUCACUUCGUGAUGUAACAGCCAAACAAGGCGAGAUCCUGUUGCUUAAGGGAAAACCAUUUGAUUGGUUGAUCACUGUGGAUUUUGUUUACUUUUUUUGUGCAAACAGAAAUUCUUGUGUCUGCGUGUUGUUGUAAGGCUUUAUUCUUUGUGUCGUUGGUGAAAAAUAAAAUCAGACAACAGAACUGUACAAAACAAGAA